CUUUCACUUUCACUUUCACUUCCCACUUGCCGUGUGUAAAGACUACGGCCCACUCACGAGCCACUCUCUCUCUCCUCUAUAUCUCUCUAUAUCUCUCUCCCUCCUCUAUCUCUCUCUCCCUCUUCCUGUAUUUCUUUUCUCGUGUGCAGAUCUCACAUCCCAAACUCAAAACACAUCGAAGCAAUUAAGGAACUAAAUCUGCGUAAAAGCAAUGGAGUCCAUUGCCAGGCUCACCAGCUUCGCCGUUUCGCUUCUCUUCUUACUCUCUUGCUUAUCUUUCACUUCCACAGAAGCGUAUGAUGCACUUGAUCCAACUGGGAACAUCACUAUCAAAUGGGAUGUGAUGAGCUGGACUCCUGAUGGCUAUGUUGCUGUUGUUACAAUGUAUAACUUCCAGCAGUAUCGCCACAUACAAGCUCCGGGUUGGACAUUGGGGUGGACAUGGGCGAAGAAGGAAGUAAUUUGGAGCAUGGUGGGAGCACAAACCACGGAGCAAGGUGAUUGUUCGAGAUUCAAAGGGAACGUCCCGCAUUGCUGUAAGAAGGAUCCGACAGUUGUUGAUUUGUUGCCGGGAACUGCUUACAACCAACAGAUUGCAAAUUGCUGCAAAGGGGGAGUCCUCAACUCUUGGGUCCAGGAUCCAGCCAACGCCGCAAGCUCGUUCCAGAUCAGUGUGGGUGCUGCGGGGACAACUAACAAAACUGUCAAGUUGCCGAAGAAUUUCACGCUCAAAGCACCAGGGCCUGGCUACACUUGUGGACCCGCUAAGAUCGUAAGAGCGACUAAAUUUAUCACUGCAGAUAAGAGGAGAGUCACCCAAGCUUUGAGUAAGUACUAAUCUUUUCAAAAGAAUUGAAAGGAUUAAAAAAAAAAAAAAUUGAGGAGUUUUUUACAGUGAUUUACCAUUUGCUCUGG